AUGGACGACGAAUUGGUCAAGACAACAAUAAAGCUGACUGAACGCGUCGAGCGUCUCCUGACCCGGCAGAAGCUGUCAGCUCCAACCCAGCGAAUCUUGAUUGCGCUAGCUGGCGUACCAGGAUCGGGCAAAACCACCAUCUCUGAUGCUUUGAUCAAAAAGCUGAAGAAGAACAGUAUCCCCGACGUUGCAGUUCUUCCAAUGGAUGGAUUCCAUUAUACUCGUACCACUCUGUCUUCCUUCGAGGACCCUGACCAUGCAUUUCGAAGACGAGGCGCACCUUUCACAUUCGAUGCAGCUGCCUUAUUAGAUUUCGUCGUACUGCUCAAGAAAACACCUGUGACGGCGGAUGACGAGCCGCAAAUCAUCAUUAAAGCACCGGGUUUUGACCAUGCGCGAAAAGACCCAAUCCCUGAUGCCAUUGAGAUUUCUUCACAUGCCAAAGUCGUUAUUAUCGAAGGCAACUAUCUCCUUCUGGACCAAGAACCCUGGAGUCGCAUCUCCACGUUGGUAGAUGAUAAGUCAGUCUCAUGGUCAUUCGUAAACUUUUAUUCCAAGCUAACUUGUACCCGAGGUGGUUUGUCGAUGUACCGGUCGACAUAG